ACUUCUCCAUUCAAACCUGGGACUGGGUCACCAUGACGAAAAAAGUGCCACGCUGGAUGAAAUUUAUACCUUAAGACAAACAAGCUUGAACGAGAGUGGAAGGGAGUUGCAAAAUUAAAGGCAAAAAGUAUAAAUACAAACGCAUAAAUGUACGCCAUUCUUUACACUUCACCUCACAAUGAACUACGAUCAACAAAACAACCCUGACUACGGUAACCAGCAGCAAGAUACUGGAUACGGCCAGCAGCAAGGAGGAUUUGGCCAAGCAGGAUUUGGAGAUCAACAGGAUAUUACCCGUCUCGAUCAAUCUCAAGAUACUGGUUAUAACAAUCAGGGUGAUUCAGGCAUUGGUAGCACUCUCAAGUCUGGCAACAACCAAGGACUUGACUCUUCUAUGGAUAACCAGGACAACCAAGGAACCUACAACACUCAGUCGUCUGAUACCUCUGGUAUGGCUGGAGGAACUCGUGGUGGCUGGGAUAGCGGAAACCAAAUGUCUGGCUCAAAUACUGGUUUUGGUUCAUCAGACAACCAGCAGCUAGGAUCUAGCAACCUGGGAUCUUCCGGUGAUAACUUUGGCUCUGGCAACCAAUCCUAUGGCGAUAACACUACCUCUGGAGGCUUUUCUUCCAGCACACAAGAUCCUUCCAUGACUCAAUCAUCCAAUUAUGACUCCAGCAUGCAAGGAGGACAGACUCAAAGCGCAUGGGAUGACCCCAACGCACGCACAGACACCUCUGGCUCUUACAAUGAUAACAAUACCGACUUCAACCAGCAGUCGGGCCAGGCAUCAACCGGUGACCAAAUCAAGGGAGGCUUAAAGAAGCUUGCUGGUAAAUUGGGUAACAACCCUGACAGAUAUCAAGAAGGCGACAGACAACAAUCUGGCAACUAUUAAUCUGAUGUAAAAAGCACACCAUUUUUCCGUACUGUUUAUAGUUUUUGUAUUCAUUUUUUGGGCUAUCAAGUAAAAAAACCAAGUGUGUUGAACUUGCCAAAAUACCCGUGUUUUCAUUUUUUUCCUAUUUGUGUGCCCCUCCGCGGAUAAAGCCAACACCGGGAAAUUCAUGUGGCACGCUGGCUUGCCCUAUAAUGGCAUCCAACUAACAGAGCUCAGCUGUGGAAUUUAGCUCCAGCUACAGGUGGUCAAGGUGGUGGCGAGAGAUUAUCUUCAUAAAGGUUAU